GUGUUUUUCACAGAGUAGAUGCUCAAUAAAUAUUUAUGAUUUAAUAUUAAACUGAAUCAGGAAGUUUCAACUCUUUUCCCAAAAGAAGGUUCCCCCACCCAAGUCCACAUUAUCAACACAAAAAGUUUGUGAAGAGGUAGAGUUGGGAUGGGAGGGCAGCAUCAAACAUCGUGUGGCUGGCAAGUUGCUCACAUGGUGGCUAAUCAUGACCCAAAGUAUGCAAAGUAGAGGUAGGAAGAAGCAUAGAUUUAUUGGCUUAUUUGUGAAUAAAGUUAUAGAAGAGAUUUAUGUUAAACAGUAGGAUCUUCUCUCCUAGCUGGCUCCGUAAACAUGGAAAGAGUCAACCGAACCAGCAAUAUCUCUGAGUUCAUCCUCCUGGGACUGUCCUCAUGGCCUGAGGAUCAGAAGCCACUCUUUGUCCUCUUCCUCACCAUGUACUUCAUCACCAUAACAGGGAACCUGCUCAUCAUUCUGGCCAUUCACUGUGACCCCCAGCUCCAGACCCCCAUGUAUUUCUUCUUGAGUUUCCUGUCUUUCACUGAUAUUUGCUUCACAACGACCAUUGUUCCUAAAAUGCUGGUGAACUUCUUGUCCAAAAAGAAGACCAUCUCCUAUGCUGGGUGUCUGACACAGAUGUAUUUUCUCUAUGCUUUUGGCAACACUGACAGUUGCCUUCUGGCAGCCAUGGCCAUUGACCGCUAUGUAGCCAUCUGUGAUCCCUUCCACUAUGUUACCAUCAUGAGCCACCAUCGCUGCUUCUUGCUGCUGGCCUUCUCCUGCUCAUUUUCUCACCUUCACUCCCUCCUGCAUACACUUCUGCUGAAUCGCCUCACCUUCUGUGACUCCAAUGUUAUUCAGAACUUCCUCUGUGACAUCAACCCUCUCCUGAAAUUGUCUUGCUCAUCCACACUUAUCAAUGAUGUCACAAUAAAGACAGAAGGAGUAGUUGUUUUGGUGACUCCCUUUCUAUGCAUUUCUUUCUCUUAUGUAAGAAUCCUCAUUGCGAUUCUCAAAACUCCCUCAGCUGCUGGAAAACGCAAAGCCUUCUCCACCUGUGGUUCUCACUUCACUGUGGUGACCCUCUUUUAUGGAAGCAUCUUCUAUAUCUACUUACAGCCCUUGUCUAGUUACACUGUCAGAGACCGGGUGGCAACAAUCGGCUACACCAUUUUAUCCUCCAUGCUAAACCCUUUUAUCUACAGCCUGAGGAACAAAGACAUGAAGAUGGGUCUGAAGAAGCUGAUGUGCAAGAGGAAAUCCUAG